UCCCACACAGGCUCGCUGCAGCUUUCAGAGCCACUCAAAUCUCCACACAUAGGAACACAAUCUCCCAAGAACGCAGCCCAAUUGGAUCGAUACUUGGAAGCUUUUACAUGGGACACCGAGGCUCGUAGACGAAGCAGAGAGAGGAGACCAGAAAAAUCAAAAAAGCAAGAAGCAGGGAGCCAAUCGGCCAUGGCGUUCCUCCUCCCUAAGCUCACCACGCCGUCCUGCAAGUCGCCCCCGAGCCCCCUGCUCAAGACGCAGCUCGCCCUGCCGGGCCAUGGCGGCGGCAAGAUCCACGGCUCGGGCUCCGGCGCGGCGCAGGUGGCGUCCCCGGGCCACCUCAGCCUCCUGCUCCUGCUCAGCGCCUCGCAGCAGGCCGCCAUCCCCGCAGCCAAGUCCACGGCGACCAAGAACCGGAGCAAGGGCGGCGGAAACCCGCAAAGGUCGGACUUUUACCUCAACCUCGGGACGGCGGUGCGCACGCUGCGGGACGACCUGCCCGCCGUCUUCGUCCGGGAACCCAACUACGAUAUCUACCGUGAAGACAUCACAUUUGUCGACCCACUGAACACAUUCCAUGGGAUCGACAACUACAAGACAAUAUUCUGGGCACUUAGAUUCCACGGGCGUCUACUGUUCCACGAGAUUGGGCUUGACAUAUCACGCAUUUGGCAACUGACAGAGAACUCAAUAGUUGUCCGGUGGGAGCUGUGGGGCACCCCACGUGUCCCGUGGGAAUCAUAUGGCUGCUUCAGUGGCACGUCGAGGUACAAAGUUGACAGGAAUGGAAAAAUCUAUGAACAUAAAGUCGACAACUUGGCAUUGGACUUCCCGCGAUCUGUAGCGAAAGUGGGCAGCAUUGCUGACAUGGUAGUCGCCACAUGCCCGCCAAGCCCGAAUUUGACAUUUUGGGACUUGGUUGGGACAGGUGAUGGGUGCUCAUGGACAAAGCUUUACGAAGCGGUGGUGGAAGCUGUGGAGCGAGAAGGCCAUAGUUCCACUGGCAUUGGCAUUGAAGGUCUAGUAACUUGUUCAUAGGAUGGAAUGAGCUCCAGGACUAGUUGCUUGGUAGUGAGUUUUCCUAGGGAAAAUGUAUAGAAUGUGGAUACAUGAAUCACAAUACUACUAGUAUAUCUUUUUAUACUGUAGCUCUAGAACAACAAAUUUAGAUAAAAUACAUGCUAGAUGUCUAUAUUUGAUCAUCCUUGUCACAUUCUGGGGUAAUGCUUUCACGCUUA